AUGCCAUUGCCCCGCAAAGUCUUGGUGUUUGGCUCGAUAAACAUUGAUGAUUUUUUUGACGUGCCUUAUAUUGUGAAUUCAGGAGAGACAUUAACCAGCACCAAUUAUCGACAGCGUGCUGGUGGAAAAGGUGCAUUAACAAGUUUACUUCCUCCUGAGAGAAUCGAUCUGUGUGCUAAUCAAUCAGUCGCUUUAGCAAAGGCAGGUGCUAGUGUUUAUCACGCCGGAAAAAUCGGUAGUGAUGGAGUCUGGAUAAGAGAUUACAUGCGAGGGCAAGGAGUUCACAUCGAGAAUAUUCAAGUGCUUAAAGACCAACCAACAGGGCGUGCUAUAGUUCAAGUCUCAGCUGAGACACACGAUAACGCGAUCAUUCUUUUUCCAGGGGCUAACCAUCUUCUAACGGUACAAGACGUCGCAAAAAUAAACCCAAUUUUUCGGCAAGGAGAUGUUGUUAUUUUACAAAAUGAGAUUAGUGCUGGCGGAGAGAUUAUGAAAGCAUUAAAGGAACAAGGAUUCCAUGUGGUAUUCAAUCCAACGCCAAUUACACCAAAUAUUAUUCGCGAAUUCCCUUUUGAACUUGUUGACUAUCUCAUAGUAAAUAAGCAUGAGGCAAUUCAAUUAAUAAGUCAAGCGACAUCAAAUAUUCACCGUGAUGAUGGCGAUGAUGAAGUACUAAAGAUGGAUACUUACGCCACGGCAAAAGAAUCUCUCCUUACAACCCUCGGUAAAUUAUAUCCAAAUAUAAUUGGGAUAAUCAUUACACUUGGUGGUGAAGGAGUAAUCGCGAGAUUCCAGAAACAUAAUAAUAGUGGUGACGAAGAGAGGGAGAAAAAAGGAGAUAAUGCUAAGAAGCAACAGCAACAAUUUAAAAUUGAAAUUCCAGCAGUCGAGACCGAUGUGAUUGAUACAACAGCAGCGGGUGAUACAUUCAUUGGAUAUUUUGUCGCCAGCAUCAUUCGUGAAGAGAGUGCAAAUCGUGAUAGUUUUGUUCUCACUAAAGAGUGCUAUAUAAGAGCCUUACAAGCGGCAACUGUUGCUGCUGGAAUUGCCGUUAGCAGACCUGGUGCAAUGGAUAGCAUCCCACCAUUGGCUAAAGUUAAAGCGGGGAUGAAAGUUUUUGAGGAACUUCCCAUGGAUUAUUAUGAUGAGGACACUGGUCCUCAACGAUCAAGUACUGUUUAA